AUGAUCUCGAAGAUUAGGAACAGAAAUGCAUCCCUGAAUCCCACAACAGCAACAGCUCAACCUGUUACAAAAAUAGCUAAACCAAUAACAACAACAGCUAAACCAACCACAACAACAGCUAAACCAGUAACAACAACCGCUAAACCAAUAACAACAACAACAGCUAAACCAGUCACAACAACAGCUAAACCAGUAACAACAACAGCUAAACUAGUCACAACAACAACUAAACCAGUCACAAUAACAGCUAAACCAGUCACAACAACAUAUGUGGUUUGCCAAGAUAAACCUGGAGUGGAUUGUAAACUAUUCAACAUAGAUUUUUGUGCCAACCCAUAUUCAAAUACGAUUUGUGCCAAAUCCUGUGGUCACUGUACCAGAGUUAUCCAGUCUGCAUUUGGCUAA